CGUAUUUAUCCAUGUUUUGAAAUUGUAUUUCCUGUUCAUUACUCAGCUCCAAUCCCAUUAUUUUAUAUAAUCAAGAGAGUAAAACUCGGUCCGUGAAUUGGGGCUUUUAAAGUUAUUAAAGGGGUUCUAGGAAAGUUCUUGGGUUGCAUAGAGGAAGUAUUGAAAGAGUUGGCUUUGAUGUGGAAUACUGGUCUCAAGUACAAGACAUGCUGAGCUCUGAUGAGGGAGAAAAUGAUGUUUUCUUUGAUUCGUUGGAUUGCUUGUCCGUUGAAGAGCCAGUUUUAGCCAAAGCAAAAUUGGAGGGUGGGAAAUUAGAGUAUGAAAUUUGGAUGAAUGAGCCACGAAGUGUGAAGGAAAGACGUGAAAGUUUUUUGCGUGGAAUGGAUCUGGUUGAGUUGGCAAAAUCAUCAAGGAUAAAUGAUUUGGAGAGGGUCACAGAGUGCAGUGGUGCUGUCCCUAGUUCUUUAUUUUCAUAUGUUAACAAUGGAGAAGGAAGUAUGGCUUGUUGUGAUAGGGAAAUGACUUGUGAAGCCAAUUUGUUGGUUGAUGAAUCAGAACAAAAACAGAAUGUAGCUCUUGAGAGUGAGAAUAAGAUAUCUCCUCCUACUAAAGGAUUUGAACAAAAGGAAACUCAAGCACACUUGGAUGAAUGUGAAAAUGCCAAAGUUAAUAGGAAGAAAUUCAAGAAAUGGUGGAAACACUUUUUGAGCAUGAGGAAAGGAGGAGCAAGUAGCCUUGCCUCUAAGGUAUCUGAACCAAGUAGCAAAGUACGUAAAACAAACAGAAUGAUGGUUCAUUCCAACAAGAAAGGAUGCAUGGAGUUUACAGCACUUUAUUUGGGACAAGAAAUUCGGGCUCACAAGGGCUUCAUCUGGACAAUGAAGUUUAGCCCAGAUGGUCAGUAUUUGGCAAGUGGCGGUGAAGAUGGUGUAGUACGAAUAUGGCGUGUCACAUCAACAGAUGCCUCUAGUAAACCUUUCAUGGCUGAGGGCAGUUUCGGUGGAAAGAUGGACAAAGGAAAGUCAGGUUUUGGCAGAAAAAAGUCAAUCCACUCACCAGUUGUUAUUCCUAAUAAGAUUUUUCAGAUUGAGGAGUCACCAAUUCAAGAGUUUCAUGGACAUGCCAGUGAUAUUUUAGAUCUUGCAUGGUCCAGUACAAAUUUUCUUGUUUCUUCUUCCAUGGAUAAAACUGUUCGUCUGUGGCAAGUCGGCUGCGAUCAAUGUCUAAAUAUUUUUCAUCAUAACAACUAUGUCACAUGCACUCAGUUCAAUCCCAUUGAUGACAAUUACUUCAUCAGUGGUUCUAUAGAUGGAAAAGCUAGGAUCUGGGGAGUGUCUGAGAAGCGAGUUGUUCAUUGGGUGGAUGUGCGGGACAUUAUAACUGCUAUAUGUUACCGACCAGAUGGGAAGGAAUUUGUGGUUGGUUCCAUUACAGGCACUUGCCACUUUUAUGAAGCAUCAGACAAUGAUGUUAAUUUAGAGGCAGAAAUACGUAUUCAUGGCGGAAAGAAAACCUCAGGCAACAAAAUCACAAGUAUUCAGUUCUCCCUGGAUAAGUCUCACAAAAUUAUGAUAACCUCUGAAGAUUCCAAACUCCGAAUAUUUGAUGGGGAAGAUAUUCUUUGUAAAUUUAAAGGACUGCCAAAGUCAGGAAGUCAGAUGUCGGCAUCUUUUACUUCGACCGGGAGGCAUAUAAUCUCAGUUGGAGAAGACUGUCAUGUUUAUGUCUGGAACUACAAUGACUUGUGCCUCCAAACAUCGAAACAUACAAAAUGUGUUCGUUCUUGUGAGCACUUCUUUUGCGAAGAUGUGUCUGUUGCAAUACCUUGGUUAGGCCAGGGUGGAGAUCAGAGGCACUCAGAUAUUAGUGAUUGCGGGGCUAGGUCACCAAGAGAGGUUCAAAUAGAGGGUGCUUCCUGGAUCAGAGAUUCACAACGAUUCUCUCUUGGUGACUGGUUCUCCAGUGAUGGAUCCUGCAAGGUUUCUGGCACAUGGCCUGAAGAAAAGCUUCCUUUGUGGGAUGCAGCAAUUGUGGAAGAUGAGUAUUAUACAUAUGACGAACAGCGGCUCUGUCACAAUAGUGCCAACAAUCACAUGGCCCUACCAGAAACAUGGGGGCUCGUGAUUGUUGCAGGUGGUUGGAAUGGAAAAAUCAGGACGUUCCACAACUAUGGAUUGCCUGUUAGGCUAUAGGAGUUUGCUCCAGUAGUUUUCAUGGUCUGUUUAUGCGAGUUCUCGACGUCAUUUUAACUUUUUGCUGAUCUGGGAUUGUCCCCUGUGCAAGAUCAGUGAGUAGCAAACUUCAAAGUUCAAAGGGCCAAUUUUUUUCCAGAUGUAAAUGUUCCCAAGUCAAUUUGUUGAUAUUCAACCCAUUAGCCCUCCCUGAAUUUCAGGAGAGCUCCUUUCAUUUGACAUGCUUUGUAAGUCAUUAUAUUUUUUUGACGUUUUAUCCAUGUUAUCAGGCUUAUUUAAGAACCCUUCUCAUGUAGGCAGCUCACACAAUUGUAAAUAAUAGAGUACAUAGCAAUACAAAACAACAAAAAGUAAAAAAAAAAAAAAAGGAAAAGGAAUUUCCAAUGCUUUAUGCUGCUU